UGACUGUGUUGCUUCCAGUGUGGUCCAGGGUCAGUAAAAGGAAAUCGUGUGACUGAUUUUGCUGGACUUACAGUCUGUCUGACACCUGACCCCAGAGACACCCUUCUAACCCCAAACCGUUGAUUGCCUACUCACCCACCUACUCCAGUGUUGAGUGCUGCAGCGAUUCCAGGGUAUCUGCAGGAAUCUGUGCAUCGCUGCAAUUCUUUCUGCUGUUAUUUUAUUUCUGGGUUUUAUUUGAACUGGGAAAAUGUCCCAACAAGGGGAUGAGCAGCAGCCACAUGUGCAGGUUGUGGUGAAGGCAGAAGGUGAACAACCUUCUGCCUCCACUGCACCCCCUCCAUCUCUGACUGCUACUCAAAGGUUGAAGAAAGAGGCAGAGGAACAGCUCAGACUGCAACAGGCCAGAGUGGCURAAUUGGCACGRCAGGAGGCUGCUGAGCUAGAGGCUGCAACAGAUCACUCCAGGAGAGAGUAUCUGUUGCAGCAGCUAGACAAGUCUCUCGCUGAUGAUCGGUGCUCCCAGGUCACCAAACAUAUGGCUGAGAUGAUCCUGUUGGAGCAUAAGAUCACCAGCUCCCAGUUUACAAACUGGGAUGAUCAUUUUGUGCGGCUGGAGCGUCGGGUUGACGAGCUGUCAGCUCAGCAAUCCAAGAUCCUGGACUCUAUCCACGGCUUGUCUACUCAGCUGGCAGCCGCCAAGCUGAUUACUCCUCAUCUCCCUCUGUUGAAACCCAAAACCUCUACUCCUCCUUCACCACCUCCUUCCCCUCCUACAUCCCAUGGGGGAUCUGUACAUUCUUCCCGGUCAUCUACUCCUUCCCAAAAGGCCUCAGCGAAGGCCACCUAUGCUGCUGUGACUGCAGCAGACAGAGGUCCCAAGAUCCCUGCUCCCAACAAGUUCAGGGGCGAUGACCCCAAGACUGAUGUUGGGGACUGGGUUGCUGGGACCAGAGCCUACUUGAGGGGCUUUGUCUGUGCAGAACAGACCAAGGUGGCAACUGUUUUGGGGCUGCUGGAAGGGCCUGCACUGAAGUGGGCCACUUCAACUUCCAGCAGUCUGCAACAGUCCAUGGAGGACUGGGCCUUUGGGUUGGGGGUAGACAGACUUCUGCAGGCCCUGGAUGACCGGUUUGCAGACAAGGAGCGGGCCCGCAAGGCUGCCGACAGGAUUGCUCGCCCGGGACAGCAGCGGUACAACGGCACCCUACAGGCCUUGUUUGUUGAGUUCGAGCAGCUCACCUCCACCCUUGGACUGGUCACGGCACCUGAUGAUAUGCUGACCAGUUUUUGCAGGGCAGCUCCUGACAAGUUUGCUGUUGCACUUUACAGCGCUGGGUACAAGGACUGGAGGUCCUUUGGUCGUGCAGCCCUGGAAAUGGAGGCCAAGCUCCACGUCCAGGCCCCAACCUCUGAAAGGAGGAAGGGUGCCUUCCCUAGAGGCAACAGGAGGGGAAAGGCAGCCCUUACUCAUGCGGGAUCUGCCUCAGGAUCAGAUACCGAUUCUCAGCCUGAUGUGCCUUCAAGUGGGAUCGGAUCUGCUGCUAAGACAGAUGUUGCAGCAGUGGUCACACGCUGUGUUGGGAGCUCUGCAGUCGCAGAGAAAGUUUUUUACCCCCACAGCCUCAGCCACUACCAAGGGGAAGGAUAAGGGACGUCGUCCUUCCUCUUCCCAGCGCCCUAAUUUGCCUAGAGACGUCCACAUGCCAGCUGACCCUCUCAAUCCCUCCACACUCCCCUGGCAUGACCUCAAGAUCCAGGAGGGAGUCUGGAGAAGAAGAAAGGAGAGAGGGGUUUGCCUAAGGUGUGAAGGCCAACACUUCUUGAAGGACUGCCCUUACAUGCCAAGCCCAGGUAGUCAGUCAAAAAACUGAAACAGACCCUGGGGACUGCAGUUCCCCACAG